CCUAAACUCCCCUCCCAUCCCUUCCCCUCUAAAAAUUUUUGAACCAAACAUACAAAAUUUUAUAAUUCCCUUCCCUCCCCUUUCUUCCUAAACCCUCAAACCAAACAGGGGCCAGGGGACAUACCGGAGGAUCUGUGUUCCGCUACCUAACGCUGCCGGAGAUAUGCAAUUGGCGCAGCGCAUUCCACGGCACCGCUUCGUCGGAUGCGGUUUGGGAAUCCAAGCUUCCAUGUGAUUACCACCAACCAGCUGCUCGAUUUCCUCUGUUUCUGUGUCUUGUUCUCUGUGCAGUGAAACAAUGGACCGCGACAUUUUAGAUGUACCCAAAGGAGAGAAUUGUCCACAGAGGAUUGUGACAUGUGAAUAUUGCGAGUUUCCUCUGCCUGCUAUUGAUUUAUUGGAGCACCAGGAAGUAUGUUGGAACCGAACAGAAUUAUGUCAUAUGUGCCAUAAAUACGUGAGAUUUCGAGAGUGUUAUGGUCAUGAAAGCAGAUGCAGUAGUGUUGUUAACGACGUUGCUGAAUCUUCAAGGAUUGAAGGAACAAGUGUGAAAGUAAUUGUUGAAAAUGAGGAGCCUUCACCUGAAGGAAAGCAAUCUCCUUUGCGAAUAGACAGAAGGUUUGUGAUGCUUCAUGGCUCCCCAGGAUUCUACUCUUACGCUAUUUUCGAGCAUUUGGAAGACUUCCCUGGUUUCAACCUUAGCACCACCCGAAUCGCGUGCAUGCUCAAUAAAGACCUGUUACAUUACAUGGCAAUAUCAGAUAACAGGCAAAGAUACAUGCCCAGGCCGGAAGAUCGACUGCCUCCUAGAGGUCAAGAACUGGAGUACCCUGAAGCCGUGCUUCUUGUUGAUCCUGUCGACCUGGAAUUUAAAGGAGAAGUGGAUGACAAAUACCAUUACUCAAUUGAGAACAAAGAUAAUAAGGUGCAUGGGUGGAUAAGCUCUGAUCCACCGGUGGGGUUCUGGCAAAUUGCGCCGAGCAAUGAAUAUCGAAAUGGAGGACCUUUGAAACAAGACUUGACCUCUCAUGUGAACCCGACCACCCUUGCGGAGAGGAUCUUCUACUCAAAUUUCAACCUGGCGAAAUAUGGAAGAAAGUGUUCGGACCAGUUUUUAUCCAUCUCAAUUCUGUUCCGGACCGGUAAGCUGUUAGAACAGGUAAGCUGUUCGGACCAGUUUUUAUCCAUCUCAAUAUCUUCUACUCUUUGGAAUAAUGCCAAAGAACAGAACAAAUAUUAUGAAUGUUCUUCAAAAGGGCAGUAAUAGUUGAAGAGGUUCACCAUGAAGACAAUGGAACUAAGAAGGAAAAUCGAGAUAUGACAGUCUGGUUCCCCUGGAGUUCGGAAAUCUCACUCUGGUUCGCGCCAAUCCCUUCACGGAAAUUCUUACCCGGGCGCCCGUGAUGGCGUAAGCACGUCGCAAGUCAGUUAUCAUACCGGUUAUUGCAUUUUGCACCAAUAAUUCACCAAAAGCAAAAAAGAAUAGACAAAUAGGCAAAAGAAAUAAAAUUCUUGUGUGGAGAUUGCAUUUACAAUGGAAGAAGCGUGGGAUUAUACAAUUCUUGAUGAAGUAGGCUUAAUGUUCUAAUUCUAUUAGGGGCAGCUUACAUUAAUCAGGUGAGCAUAUCAACGAGGCAUUUGGAUCGAGUUUUUAGGUGUGUUGCUACAUCACAAGCAAGUCAUCAUUCGUUCUCUUCCUUAACCAACCAUUUAUAUAUAAUAUAUAUGUUUAGCUUUUGUUGAUUUUAUACUCUUCAUUUCCUUGUACUACAGUCUAUGAGAUUUGGAAAUUAAGUAUUUAUUUUACGGAUCCAUUUUUGGGUUGAUGCGAUGAGCGACCAUAAAUAUAUGUGAUAGGUUUAGAUUUAUUUUCGUC